GUAUACUUGCUCGUUUAAUACUUGGGAGCGCUUUAACCGGUAACUCGAAAAAAUGUCUUUCUUGAUAGAGGAUAUUUUAAAUACAAAAAACUCUUACCAAAAAAACGAAAUAGAGAAUAUAGUGGAAAACGCACCUGUGGAAAAUAGAAUAGGGGAUAUACAUGUGGAUAGACAAUCUAAUUGUAGUGAUCAAAGUAGUAUUUUGCAUCAGACUUUAGUGAAUAGACUGAAUUCACCAUACCAUAGAGGCAGUGAAUCUCACCAUGGGCUACCUUUGGAGAAUUUUCAACAUUUUUGCUACGAUCCUGCUUAUUUGAAUUACUAUAGGACGUUUUAUGAAAGAGAUUAUUCCACUUUACAAAGGCAAAAAUCUUGGCAAUCUUACGAUGCCGCACAUGCGAACUACCUUUCCUAUGCAAUGCAGUACAAAUAUAUCUACAGCCCAAGUAAAAGAAAAGGAGGACAAGUGAGGUUUACAGCAAAUCAAACGGAUAUUUUGGAGAAGAGAUUCUGUUCUAAUAAAUAUUUAAGCCCUGAAGAAAGGAAAGUCUUAGCCGAGUCGUUAAGUUUAUCUGACAGACAGGUAAAAACUUGGUUUCAAAAUAGAAGAGCAAAAUGGCGACGAGGAAAUUCCAUUAGUGAACAGUCACAAGAAAAUUUAACAGAUGAAGAACUAAAUCAAAAAUCUGAUAAAAAAUAAGAUAUUUGUUAUACAAUUUAAAUCUUAAUACAUAAUAUCACAAUAACAAUAUGUGAAAUGUUUAUUUUUUUAAGAAGGAUGAAUAAAUAUAAAAACA